AUGUUCAUUAACCGUUGACUUUUCUCUACUAAUCAUAAAGACAUCGGGACUUUGUAUCUAAUAUUUGGUGCUUGAGCAGGAAUAGUAGGAACUGCCCUUAGCAUUUUAAUUCGGGCAGAACUUGGCCAACCAGGGGCUUUACUUGGAGAUGAUCAAAUCUAUAACGUAAUUGUUACAGCUCAUGCAUUCGUUAUAAUUUUCUUCAUAGUAAUACCUAUAAUAAUUGGCGGAUUUGGGAAUUGAUUAGUGCCUUUAAUAAUUGGAGCUCCUGAUAUAGCAUUCCCACGUAUAAACAACAUAAGCUUUUGAUUACUACCACCUUCAUUCCUAUUACUACUAGCUUCAUCUAUAGUAGAAGCAGGUGCAGGAACUGGAUGAACAGUUUACCCUCCAUUAGCAGGAAAUCUAGCCCAUGCAGGAGCUUCGGUAGACCUAACCAUCUUCUCACUACACUUAGCUGGUGUUUCCUCAAUCCUUGGAGCUAUUAAUUUUAUUACUACAAUCAUCAAUAUAAAACCCCCAGCUGUUACACAAUACCAAACACCACUUUUCGUCUGAUCUGUUCUAAUUACAGCUGUGCUAUUACUCUUAUCCCUACCAGUUCUAGCCGCAGGUAUUACUAUGCUACUUACAGAUCGUAAUCUAAAUACAACAUUCUUUGACCCUGCAGGUGGUGGAGAUCCUAUCUUAUAUCAACACCUAUUCUGAUUUUUUGGACACCCAGAAGUUUAUAUUCUGAUUCUUCCAGGAUUUGGAAUUAUUUCCCAUAUUGUUACAUACUACUCAGGAAAAAAAGAACCAUUUGGCUAUAUAGGUAUAGUGUGAGCAAUAAUGUCAAUCGGAUUUCUAGGGUUUAUUGUAUGAGCCCACCAUAUAUUUACAGUAGGACUUGAUGUUGAUACUCGCGCCUAUUUUACAUCAGCUACAAUAAUUAUUGCUAUUCCUACAGGGGUAAAAGUGUUCAGCUGACUUGCAACACUCCAUGGAGGAAAUAUUAAAUGAUCACCAGCCAUACUAUGGGCUCUAGGCUUUAUCUUCCUUUUUACAGUAGGAGGACUAACUGGAAUUGUCCUAUCCAACUCUUCACUAGAUAUUGUUCUACACGACACCUACUACGUUGUAGCUCACUUCCACUAUGUAUUAUCUAUAGGAGCUGUUUUUGCCAUUAUAGCAGGGUUUGUUCACUGAUUCCCAUUAUUUUCUGGAUAUACCCUAGAUGAUACAUGAGCAAAAGCUCACUUCGCUAUUAUAUUUGUAGGAGUAAACUUGACAUUCUUUCCACAACAUUUCCUAGGUUUAUCAGGUAUACCACGACGUUAUUCCGAUUACCCUGAUGCGUAUACUACAUGAAAUACGGUAUCCUCAAUAGGAUCAUUUAUUUCACUAAUCGCAGUUCUUAUCAUAAUCUUCAUAAUCUGAGAAGCUUUCGCUUCAAAACGUGAAGUGAUGACAGUAGAUCACACAUCAACAAAUCUAGAGUGACUACACGGCUGCCCUCCUCCAUACCAUACAUUUGAAGAACCAACAUUCGUAAAAGUAAAAUAA